UUACUCAUUGAUCGCGAAGUAGUGUCAAUAUCCGGAGUUUUUAGGAGCUCUCGACCAGUGCCGUCGAAUUCGAAGGUGACGGAUUGGCUGUGCAACCAGACCGGACUCGAUUCGCGUCGGCAUCUCUUGAUGGUCACGUUUUACUGUGGAAUUCGCGAAACGUUGUUGGAGAUGGCCCUGCGCCAUCUGUUAGAUCAGAUGCCUCGUUCUUGUAUAACAAAAACUACCCAGUUUCGUCGAUUGGCUGGGCUAGCAACGAAAUCAUCGCGGCAGCUAUCGGCGACGGUCACGUUCUCUGGGUCGAUUGCGCAGCUAGCGAACCACGAAUCCUUACGAAGGUUCAACUACCUAAACUCGAGGGUGCACCUGAACAGAUCCAUGUGUCAAACAAUGUUACUUAUCUUCCGAAGUCAUCACGGUGCAAUUUACUGUCUUGAUCUGAGAGUUGGCAAAACGAAUGGCUCAUUAGGAUUUCAUGAGGUUUGGCGACGGGAGGUAGUGAAAUACCAUGGGCUGGUAACGUCAUUCAUUGUCGAUCCGAUCAUGGAGAACUGGAUGGUAAUGUGC